AUGCCGAACGAGGAGGUGUUGGGUCCGCGGAAGACGAUGUUUGUACUUGUGAUUGUUGUUGGGUGUUUUGCUGUGUUGUGGCCUAGGAUCCUGUCGCCGCUGAUCACAGGCCCCAGUGGGGAGCAGCUCAAGCCGAACAAGUUCGACCGGGAUGCAGGAUGCUGCGAGGUACUAUUCGAAAACGAUAUGGCUGUUCUGGAGCUUAUCAAUGAAGUCUGCAGUUCAGCAGUUCAAGUUCACGGGAAGCUCAGUCCUCAUGCAGCCGCUGAAUGUCGGAAAGCAGUCAAUGAGACCUGUGGAGUGGAUUUAGCUGCAUUCCUUAAACGGAAUGAAAAUGUUGGGAAAACAUCUAAAGCAUUAAUAGAGACUAUGAAGAACAGCAACAGCUCUUGUCUGAAGGAGCACUUCGGAGUCCCUGUCUUGAGUCUCGGUGUCCAUAUCUCACAGAACUCUUGGACUCUGCAAGACACUAUCAAACAAGAGCGUCCUUUGAUCCGCGGCGCAGGACCUCACCCGGCUCUGCGCGAAAGAGGACGGGCGAUACCUCCAGGUGUUCCCUCGUCACCAACGAAGAGUUCCGUGGCAAUGCCUCCUCACGUCAGGGUACGAUCCUCACCGCUAUCCGUGUAUUAUGAUCUGGAUAUCAAGCCUCCACCAAUCCCCGGAAUGCGUCCACCGCUGGGAUCUCCUGGUGGUCCAGUACCCACACCCAAGUCUUCCAUGGGCUUCGUGAUGCCAAUCUACACAAUCUGCAUCAUCGUCUUCUUUGUCUACACUAUAAGCAAGAUUCUGUUCAGGCGGACCGCAAGCUCAUCGCCCUACGAGACCCUACCACCAGACCCUCAGUUCAGGAGGCGAGUGUUCAGGGAUGAUUCCAGGAGUACACCUGACAAACUAGGACCUAAAGAGCGGGACACAAUUGUUACCGCCAUAUCAGGGCUGGUAGCCGAGGUUCAGGAGCAGAUGGAGGCGAGCUACGCGCAGAAUCAGCAACGACAGGAUGCACAGGAUAACAACGCUCGCCCAUACACGAAUGGGACAAUUCUACAUAACAGUGGCCCUGUACACAUAGUCGCUAGCGAGUACAAGGAGCCCACUAAAGAGAGCUUGGAAAAGAAAGAACCAUCUCCUGCACCAGAGGAACCUAAACCAGUACCUGAACAAACCCAAGAAGAUAAAGAGCCCUCUCCCGAACCAGAAACCCAAAAACCUGUAGAAAAGGAACAAGAAGUCGAAAAAGAACAAGAACCGAAAGACCAAGAACCGGCUAAAGAAGAAUCUGCACCUCAAAAAGAACAAACACCAGAGAAAGACACUCAAGUAAAAGAACUAACUCCUGAACCAAAAGAAUCUACACCAGAAGUCGAAGACCAAAAAGAAGAAGAAAGAGAAGUAAAGGAAGAAAGUCCAGAAAAAGUAAUAGAACAAACAAAUGACACUGAUAAAUUGAUUAAACUGGUUGAUGAUGUGAAAGUGGAGAGGAAUGGAGAUGUAAGACACACAGAAGAGUUUAUUAAAGAGGAAGCAAAGUCUUCUGAGGCGCAGAAGGAGAAACAGUCGACACCUGAACUUCUAGAAGAAGCUAUCAAAGAUGAUGAUGAACAGGAGAAUGCUAGCGUUAAGGUGGUAGGCAUGGAGGUGCGGGCGCACCCGGCGGACGGUGGAGCGUGGAGGGCGAAGCGCCCCACGGAGACUCCGCCUCCGAUUCCAGUCGUCGCCCCCGUCCCGCAGCGAGCGCACGAGGCUGAGCAGGUGCAGUCGAUAUACUUGGAGACGGAGAUACCGCAGCAGUCGCGCGUACUCGUCACCGACUUCGCGGAGAAGACGACUGACAGGCCUGCUCCUACUAAACAUUCACCGAUGGUGGUGAGUGGUAAGAUGACGCUCUCCCUGAUUCAAGACGCGCCGCGGGACACACCUGAGAGGGACCAAGAGUCGACAGUCGACGACUUCACAACGGCUAGUGCCGUCACGCAGAACGCUGAGAAAGAAGACGAAUCAGAAGAAGAGAUCGAGGAAGAGAUUGAAAUAGAAGAGAUAGAAGAAGAAGUUGAAGAGGAAGAGGAGGAAGAAGAAGAACAAGAAAAAGCGGGAGAAGUAGACCACAAGGACAAGAAGACAGAGUGA